UGGGAGGGAUCGAGAGGGAAAUUUUGCCCGUCCCCUCGGAGAGCGAAAAGCUCCCACCUGCUUUUCGGGCGGGAAGCGCCGUGUGCCCGGUAGCGCAUUUCCCAGCGCCUGCUUUUACGCACUAGAGGGAAAGAGGGAGGAGAAAGAAAGUUUCAUCAUCGCUUCGGAGUGCGCCGCAGAGUUAUAAAAACGGCACGCUCCGCGCUCUUUCGCCCGGGCAGCUUUUCGUACUGGCUCGCGGGUAGGUUGCGAAGAAGGCAGGCACCUGAGCUAGGCUGUUCACGAGGGCGGGCAACGAGAGACGGGCUGCUGAGGCUCCGGGCUAACUCGCCCUUUGUCUCCCGAGGAGUCUCCAGAUCGCGCCGAGCAGACCAUGGGGAUGGCGCCGGAAAACGGCAAAGCGCCCAGGAUUGGGAACACCUGCUCCGCGAGCGUCUUCUGUAACAUCAAGGUGUUUGUUGCCUGCCAUAGCCUUCUGCAGCUGGCCCAGCUCCUCUACAGUGCCUACUUCAAGAGCAGCCUGACAACCAUUGAGAAACGCUUUGGCCUCUCCAGUUUGUCCUCUGGCUUUAUCUCCAGUUUGCAUGAGAUCGGGAAUGUUGUCCUCAUCAUCUUUGUGAGCUACUUUGGCAGCCGAGUUCACCGGCCUAGGAUAAUUGGCCUGGGAGGCCUACUGUUGGCACUGGGGGCCUUCCUUCUCACUCUUCCACAUUUUCUCUCGGCCCCAUAUCAAUACACCACAGCACAAACCAAUGCAGGUAACAAGAGCGGAAGUGCCAGAACUGAGCUCUGCAACAACAACGAAUUUGUGUGUCCAAGCACCAACGUGAGCGUCCAGGCCGAGGACAACACCAUGUGGGCAAUAAUGGUAGUUGCACAGCUGUUGGCAGGAAUUGGGACAGUCCCCAUCCAGCCUUUUGGGAUCUCCUAUGUGGAUGACUUUGCUGAGCCAAACAACUCUCCCUUGUAUAUAGCAAUCCUAUUUGCCAUUGCAGUGUUUGGCCCUGCUUUCGGUUACUUGCUUGGUUCUGCAGCGCUGCGGAUAUUUGUGGACUAUGGGAGGGUUGACCUGAAGGAUGUGCAGUUGGUCCCAGGAGACCAGCGCUGGAUUGGAGCCUGGUGGCUGGGACUCCUCAUUGCCUCGGGCUGCUUGGUGCUCACGUCCAUUCCCUAUUUCUUCUUCCCCCGGUAUAUGCUCAAAGGGAGGCAGGCGGAAUAUGAGGUGGACGUCCUGAAGAAGAUUGAGAAGGCCAAGGCAGAGGAAGGAUCACUGGUAGAAUUUACCAAAAAGUUUCCCCAAGGCUUCCUGAGGCUGCUCCUCAAUCCGCUCUUCAUGUUCCUGGUUUUGGCUCAGUGCAGUUUCUCCUCAGUCAUUGCUGGCCUCUCCACCUUCCUCAACAAGUUCCUAGAGAAACAGUUUGGCGCCACCUCUUCCUAUGCAAACUUCCUCAUUGGAUCUGUGAACCUUCCUGCAGCUGCCCUAGGAAUGCUGUUUGGAGGCCUCGUCAUGAAGCGUUUUGCUUUCUCCCUCAAAGCCAUCCCACGGUUUGCCAUCAGUGUGCUCCUCGUCUCCACACUUUGCUGCCUCCCUCUGUUCUUCAUGGGUUGCUCUACAGAGAAGAUAGCAGAAAUUUAUCCAGACAGGACAUCAAGUUCCCCAGGACAGGCUCAAUGCAACAGGAUGUGCUCCUGCUCAGACUAUCUCUUCCACCCAGUCUGUGGAGAUGAUGGCGUGGAGUACCUUUCUCCCUGCCACGCUGGUUGUACCAGUUUAUUCAGUAAUUCUUCCACAUCCAGUGUUAAGAUCUACACAAACUGUUCCUGUAUCAAAACCAGCAAUGGCCAGUCCUCAGCAAAGACUGGUUCCUGCCCAAUCCGUUGUGCUUCUUUGCUGCUGCCUGUUAUUUUCCUCAUCUCCUUUGCUGCAUUGGUUGCCUGCCUGUGUCACAACCCUCUCUACAUGAUGGUGCUAAGGGUGGUGAAUCCUGAUGAAAAGUCAUUUGCCAUUGGAGUCCAAUUCCUGUUGAUGAGAUUGCUAGCCUGGCUGCCAGCUCCUGCCCUCUUUGGCUUCCUCAUCGACUCCUCGUGCAUCUGGUGGAGGAAACAGUGCAACAAGAGCGGAUCUUGCACGUACUACGACAAUAACUUCCUCCGCAGCAGAUACCUAGGCCUCCAAGUGGGUUACAAAAUCAUUGGCAUCCUUCUCUUAACCGUCAUCGGCUGGAGGGUGACGAAGAACAAGGAAUACAACGUGCAAGACAAAGCUGCUGGCCUAGUAUAGCGCCGCAACCAGACCCAUCUCAAUGGCCAUUUAGUUCCAUUCCUGUAUUUACUAACAAUACUCGGCCUUUGUGCCUUUUGUUUUUUUAAAAUAAAAAUAAAACUGUAAGGGAACCAUUUCAUAUUAGCAGCUGGACUUUUAGAACUCUGCAUUAUCAGCAUCUGCUGUGGGUAGCUCAGCUUAAAGGGACAUGUUGUCAAAUGAAGAACAAACAGGACUCUCAGUGACCAAGCACCUAAUCAGUGUUAAAAAGAGCCAGUGCAGCCGGCUAACCUUUUCAAGAGGCAGCUGCCUUGAAAACCUCCCCAGGCCUCGGAAAGAAAAAGGGGCAGCCAGCAAAUUACAGCGAGGGAAGCCAUCUUUCGGACUGAGAGUACGCACUCUGCAGCCCCCGUGACAGGCUCAACGUGUGGAGGAUUCUUCUGAGGAGAUAGGUCAGAUGGGGUGGAGGAAAAGCAAGCAGGUCCUUUGGAAGGGAAUGGCACACAAAAACUGAUGAAGUUAAGAGAACCGUGUAAAUAGCAUUUGAAGUUGGUGAGGAGUGACCAUUUCUGUUUGCCGGCGGCUCCCUGUAUGGACCGACUCCAGCAAGCAUGUUACGUUAUGCCAGGAUUGACCAAGGUAUGGAACAAGGAGGAGGCGCGGGGAUUAUAACUCUGCUUUGGCCAGCUCACUUUCGUGCCUUCUCUCUUCUCCCCUCUCCUCCGUUACACAGGUAGAGUGGACGUAAAUUCCACUCAAUGUAUAAAGUUAGUUGUUGUGAUAUAUAUAUUGAAUUUUUAAAUAAAAUCAACUUCCCCUGA